AUAAAUUAUUAUAAGUAUACCCUUCUCCAGUUGUGAUCUGUCUCCACCACGCUCUACUGUACUGUACGCCCACACUUCUGAAGCAAAAUGUUGGUUCUGGUAUUAGGAGAUCUUCACAUCCCUCAUCGGCAGAGUGGUUUGCCAGCCAAGUUCAAGAAGCUACUGGUCCCAGGCAAGAUCCAACAUAUUUUGUGCACUGGCAAUCUCUGCACUAAGGAAUCUUAUGAUUAUCUCAAGACACUUGCCAGUGAUGUUCACAUUGUCAGAGGAGACUUUGAUGAGAAUGUCUCCUAUCCAGAACAAAAGGUGGUCACUGUUGGACAGUUUCGCAUUGGUAUAUGCCAUGGUCACCAGAUUAUUCCUUGGGGGGAUGUGGAGAGCCUUGCAAUGGUGCAGAGGCAGCUGGAUGUAGAUAUCCUUAUUUCAGGGCACACACACAAGUUUGAAGCAUUUGAGCAUGAGAAUAAAUUCUAUAUCAACCCAGGCUCAGCGACUGGUGCGUUCAACGCAUUAGAAAGCAACAUCAACCCUUCAUUCGUACUUAUGGACAUCCAGGCAUCGACGGUUGUUACAUAUGUUUAUCAGCUGAUUGGAGAUGAUGUCAAAGUAGAGAGAAUUGAAUAUAAGAAAAACUGAGGAUUUGGAUGUUGAAACCUUACAAAUAUUGCAGCCUUAUUUUGGAAGAACAGCGCUGUGCUCAUUUUCUUUAUUUAAACCUUCUCCAUCAAAAAAUGUCUUUUAAUUACAAAAAAUAUGAUUUGUUAAUCAAAAAAAUUUAAACCAAAUUUAUAACAUAACUACAUGCACACAUAAGAGAUAAACGUGGGAAGUUUACAUAGUCAUUGAAGCCUUUAGUAGUUUCUUAACUGAUAGACGCAGAUGAGAAAGAUGAACUGGCAUUUAUUGUGCAUAGUACUGUAGGUUUUUAUCCCAUGUAUUUGACAGACAUUUUGGAGGGGGAGCGUAAUGCAUGAGCAGUUUCUGUGAGAAAGAUGCAGUAAAAUAGGAUGUCGUGUUGUGCAUAAAGGUAUGAAUUUAAAGCACUGAAAUGUGUGAUGUGUUCUGUCUAAACCUGAUGUCCAUAGGCAGCUGGUCAAACAAGUUUCAGAAAGUUGUAAAAUGCAGAUCUACCCAUUUACAUUUAUGGUUUAAUGUUUGGAAAGAAAUACUGUAAGACCGUCUUUGGCAAAAUUAUGCCAAUGUGAUGUUUAUGGUGACAAAGUGAGGAAGAACUUUUUGUCCUAUUUCCAUUUCAAGAUUAAAAUGCCCAGAAAUGUUUGCUUUUGGCAAAAAUGUCACACAUGAAAGUGUUUACUGACUCGGACUGUAAUACAUGUAUCUUGUACAGUUUUGUUUUGCUACGUGCAUGAAUGCCUACCACUUGCAAAAUGUAAUACAAAAAAAACCACAGUUUUUAUCACUUCUAUAAAAUUACAUCAUUGCAAUUAUUUCCCAAAGCCUAAAGAAUACAUCUGUUUAACAGCCUUGUACAUUUUGCAAAAUCAUCAUUUAACAGACUUAAGUUGUACAUGAAUCAAAGGACUUGUACAUAUCCUUUGAAAAAAGAAUUUCCACAGUUUAAUAAGGAAAAGAUUUUCAAAUACAUGGACAUGUAAUCUUUGUGUUAAAAUGCAUCUAGAUUGCAGUGGCACACAUGACUGAAAAAGUGUUGAUAAAUUCAAUGAACACUAUCAACUGGAGAUGGUUUUGAUCCCGUUUUAAACAAAAUAAACUUUGAAGAAGUUGUGUUAUUCCAAUUCCUUGUUAUAUAAAAGAUGAAAGUAUGCUAUAAAACCUUAAGCCAACUGGCUGGCUGUCCUUGAAACACGCAUUUUCACAGAAAAAUUAUGUGCAGGUGAGCAUUUACAAGUUGCAUAGAUGGCUGCUCUCCAUAAUUGUUCACAUUAACUCAAGUUUGAAGUAUUUGAGGUCAGCUGUGUAUUAUGUAAAAUAAACAUGAACUGAAUAUACUCAUGAACUGGACUUAU